ACCAUGAGCGGUGAAUCCGAGAGCCCGGUGUAUUGUUCUUUCGUGGGCAUCCAGUACAUAGUCUGUGAUUGUGGGGAUGCUUUUGAAAAUGAGGAGUCUCACAGGCACCAUUUGCAAGUGAAGCACCCUGAAACCUUCAAGAAACACUUCGUCAGACGGCUCAAAAAAGUCCCGCCACCUACCAUAACUGAGUACAAAUGCGGCGAGUGCGGAAACAUAUACCCGACGGAGGAGGAAUGUGUGGCUCACCAAGAAGCCGACCACAUCCCCUUCAUGGAGGAAGAGGUGGUGUACCUAGACGAAGACCACGAAGAAAAUUUUGUCGUUCCGGAAAUGAUCGAAUCGUCUACGUCUAUGGAAAGCGUCGGCACCUUAUCCCUAAAGAACCAUUUACCAGUUCGAGUGCAGAGUCUGCCGUCGAAAUCCGGUACAUCCCAGGAUGGUACGGUCCCAGACACAGUGCCUUCGGUGAGGAAGCCAGCGCCACCGCCGAGGCAAAGGAAACGGCCAGUGUACAGACAUAAGAAUAUUGUGUGUGAGACGUGCGGGAAAAAAUAUGCUUCCAACGCAGCUCUGAGGUAUCACCAGAGAGUGCACACGGGCGUUCGUCCGUACCAAUGCACGUACUGUCCGAAGAGUUUCACCAUGUCACUGUUUUUGCAGAUACAUAUUCGGACGCAUACGGGCGAGAAACCAUACGCUUGCGCGAAAUGCCCUAAAGCGUUCAGCAACCGCGCUGCCUUGCUGAGACACGAUCGGGUCCACACAGGGAUCAAGCCUUACGAGUGCCCUAAAUGCGGCAAGUGCUUCACCCAAUCCAAUUCCAUGAAGCUUCACUUCCACACAGUCCAUCUGAAGAUGCCAGCUCCAUACAAAUCGAAACGAAGGCAAAUGGAUGCUGAAGGCAGACCGAAGAAACCUAGGAGAGAGGAGCCACCUGAUAAUAUGGAGAAGUUGGCGGAACUAAUUAGACAAGAUCCGGCGCUUCAGGACGUGUAUUACGAGAUCAAAACGCCGGCGGGACGUAAAAUUACGCUCGGCUCGUCGUUCAUCAAGAAAGAACCGGUAGAGCCUGCGGAGAUGGUCCCAGCAACGCUGACAAUACUGCCAGAAAACGCAAUACCGUUACAAAUAAACGAGGGUGAAGUAAUAAACUGCGAGGUCAAAACGGAAAACGAAGAUGAAGAGCUUACGUAUGAAAUUGUGUACGACUAAAGUAUUCGUUCGUUCGUUUCAGCCGAAAGACGUCCACUGCUGGACAAAGGUCUCCCCCAAGGAUUUCCACAAAGACCGGUCCUGCGUCGCUCGCAUCCAGGCACCUCCCGCGACCUUCACCAGAUCGUCGGUCCACCUAGUGGGGGGCCUGUCCACGCUACGUCUUCCGGCUCGUGGUCGCCACUCAAGAACUUUCCUGCCCCAGCGGCCAUCAGCUCUACGAGCUAUGUGCCCCGCCCACUGCCACUUUAUCUUAGCGAUUCUGCGAGCUAUGUCAGUCACUCUGGUUCUCCUGCGGAUCUCCUCAUUUCUGAUUCGAUCACGCAGGGAAACUCCGAGCGUAGCCCGCUCCAUCGCUCUUUGGGUGACCUUGAGCCUUCUUAUGAGGCCCAUAGUAAGCGACCACGUACUUCUACACGACCACGACACGACUAAAGUAUUAUUACAGAUCAAAUGCUUAGGUCAGUCAGUGACUGGGGUAUGGGAGCGGCAUGGGAACCCCUCCCAUAUAACCCAGCGUAUUUAAAGAUCGUUUCAUCCACUCGGCCGCGCGCAAUGUUUGGUCCCGGUCGCGCGGGGCGCGGGGAGUGUGGUCCGAGCAAGCCGUAAGGCAUUACUGUAGUGUGCGUGUGCACUCAUGGAGCAUUAGCGUGUACCGAUAACACUCAAACAUUCGCGGAAGAAUGGUGGGGAGCGUCCGAGUGGAUGAAACGAUCUAUAGCUACCACGAGGGAUUAGUAUUUUGUGCAAUAGUAAUGUAAUAAAUUACUAUUAUUCUUUAAAUUUAAUAAAACAUUCGAGCCUAAAUUAAAUUAAAUAAAUCGUGGCUCGAAUAUAAAACUGAAGUGCAAUGGUUUUUUAAUAUGCUACCUAUUGCUAAACGAGUGUAAUUGAUAAUAUUAUACUAACGCCCGUAUUCACAAACAUUACUAUGAGGUCUCACAGUGCGCGUGGACGCACAGGGUGACACACGAACCAAUCACAGAGCUCUAUUCAACGCUGUGCGUUCCAUUUGCUGCUUCACUUGAGCAAGCAUCGUUUGUGAAUACGGGCGUAAGAAAUACAUUUUGUAUGUGCUUAUGAGUAUUUUGCUUUUAUGAAGCGAUUUUGUAGUUCUGCGAUUAAUUUUAGUUUUUGUUAGAAUACUUGAAAAAUUCGUUUUGUAUCUAGAGGCUCGUUGUUUGACAAUGUUGAAAUAAAAAUAAUUUGUUUUAUACAUUCAUAAUAUUUUUAAUUGCCUUCUUUAUUUGUCUUCCGUAGUAGGCUAAUUUCAAUUUGUAACGAUUUUCAUAAAAUUUUCAUGCAUAAUCUAGUCUGCUUGGGGAAGGAUUUUUUUAUUUAAGCACAAGUUUAGUUAAUUUUUAUAAUGAGGGUUACCGUAUUUGUUCAUCAGUUAGCGCCACAUACGAGUGACAUCAGUAGCGCCAAAUGGUGAGCAUCAAUACGUAAAAUAGUCCUUAAGUUUUUUAAAAUAAUAGUAAAAAGGUAAUACAGUUGGUAGCAUUUGAUUUACCCACAAAAUGGCAAAUGUGAUUAAUUUUGAACCAUAUCCAAAGGAUUCUACAGUUCAAAAUGCGUCAUUUUGUGAAAGACUAAUCUGUUGGCGACUGUACUUUAUUAAAUUUUGUAAUAACUUGUCAAAUUGAGUAUACAGGGUGGAAACGAUAAGUGAUCUCAUUCGAUUAUUUCUAAACUAUACAAGAUAUCGAAAAACUGAUUACUGAUCCUGAAAGUGCUUCACGAGCUCUUUCAAACGAUAUCAGUAAUAGGUUACAGAAUUAACUGGAUCUAACCGAAAAUUCAAUGUUUGCAGCCUCCAUACUAAAUGUAUGUCACUAUGCCA